CCGCGCCGCGAUCGACGAUCGAGAAAACAAGUCGCGAUGCUUCGCUCGUGUGUAUCAGUCGUAGCGUUGGCCGUUCUGGCCGCCUCGUCGGUUCAGAAGGCGAACAAAGAUUGGUACAAGAACAGUCUGGUGUACCAGAUCUACCCUCGGAGUUUCAAGGAUAGCAAUGGCGACGGCAUAGGCGACUUGAACGGCAUCACGAGUAAGCUCGAGCACAUCGCGGACAUCGGGGCCCACGCGUUAUGGUUGUCACCGAUCUAUACGAGCCCGCAGGUGGACUUCGGCUACGACAUCGCCAAUUUUACCGACGUCGACAGGGUUUACGGCACUCUGGUCGACUUCGACCGGCUCGUAGCGAAGGCCAAGUCCCUCGGGUUGAAGGUGAUCCUCGACUUCGUGCCGAAUCAUAGCUCGCACGAGCACGAGUGGUUCAAGAGGAGCGUCCAACGGAUCAAGCCAUACGACGAGUACUAUGUGUGGCGCGACGGUAAGAUGGUAAACGGCACUAGGAAGCCGCCGAACAACUGGCUGAGCGUAUUUCAGGGCUCCGCCUGGGAGUGGAAUCCGACGCGUAAACAGUAUUACCUGCACCAAUUCGCCGUCGGUCAGCCGGAUCUCAACUACCGCAGCGUCGCGCUGCAGCAAGAGAUGAAGAACGUGCUGAAAUUCUGGAUGAAUCGGGGCGUGGAGGGCUUCCGCAUCGAUGCUAUCAAUCACUUAUACGAGGACGCCCGUUUCCUGGACGAGCCCCGAAGAAACGUGUCCGGCUUGCCGGACGACGACUACGACAUCUUGGAUCACAUCUACACGAAGAAUCUACUCGAGACUUACGACAUUCUCCAAUCGUGGCGACAGGUGUUGGACAAUCAUUCCAAGGCCGCCGACACGAAGAUGAUCAUGACCGAAGCCUACACGGACCUCAAUCUCACCAUGCUGUUCUACACGUCGGGCUCGAACGUACCCUUCAACUUCAUGUUCAUCGCCGACCUCAACAACAAGUCCAGCGCGGCCGAUUUCAAGCUAAUGAUCGAUAAUUGGAUCAACAACAUACCUAACAACGCGGCGUACGUCGCGAACUGGGUGGUGGGCAAUCACGACAACCAUCGAGCGGCCUCGCGAUUCGGCGUGAAGCGGGCUGACCAGCUCUCCAUGUUGGCGACCGUCUUGCCCGGCGUGAGCGUGAUUUACAACGGCGACGAGAUCGGCAUGGUCGACCGACCGUUCACGUACGAGGAAACGGUGGAUCCCGCCGGAUGCAACGCCGGCCCCGACAGGUAUCAACUGAAGUCGCGGGAUCCAGAGAGAACGCCUUUCCAAUGGGACAACAGCACGAGCGCCGGUUUCUCCACGAGCACCAAGACUUGGCUGCCGGUCCACGACAAUUAUAAGACCCUGAAUCUGGCGGCGCAGAAGACCGCGGCCGUGUCGCAUUACAAAGUAUUCAAGUCCUUGGCGCGGCUGAAGCGGAAGCCCGUCAUCGAGCGAGGCACGCUCCAGACCGUUUUGGUCGCCGAGAAGAUUCUCGGAGUGGUGCGACGACACGGCAGCUCCGUCGUGGCGCUCAUGGUUAAUUUCGCCGAUGCGCCGCUCACCGUCGACGCCAGGACCUGGAUGAAUAUUCCGGAGCAGCUGAUCGUCUAUGCGCCCAGCGUGCACUCCAAGCUGCUCGCAGGAUCGCGCGUCGACACGACUCGCAUCACCGUGCCCGCCUCGGCCUCUGUUGUGCUCGCCACGGUGGAUUUGCUUUAGUAAAUUCUCGCCUAUCUCGAGCGCGUUCUCCCGGUUAACUGUGUCCCCGUUAACACGAGGUUUGUCCAACUGUACGUGUACCAUAGCGACGUGUGCUGGUUUACCGCUGGCGGAUCGUCUUGUGGGAACGAGAGCGACGGAUGUGAAUGGAUUGAACAUGAACAAACGUGGGGAUGUAUAUUUUGUAAAUAAGCGAGCGAUCCUUUGACGUCCGGCAUGCCGUCGGCGACUCAUUUCGAUGAGGGGGAUUAAAUAUUGCGAUAGCACUUAAGAUCGACGAUAAGUUUGCUCGUUUCUGUGUACUUGUACCAAAUUUCAUUAUCCAACAAAAUAAAUUUCAUCCAAGUUGAAAGUAGAAAGUUCUUUUCUCGUGUAAUGGAGUAGAAAAACAGCAUGAAUUACGCGUUGCGUAAUAAUAUCGAUUGGAUACUCGAAUUAUCGGGGUUCCCGCGUUAUCACGAUAAUUAAUUUCGGUAAAUGUUCAAUUUGUGGCCAUCUUCGGUGAAUAUAUAUUAUGAGGUUGAUGAUUCUGAAUAACACAAAAAGUUUUUACUUGGUAGUCAUGAUUUAUUAAAAAGCUAUUAACAAAUAAAGAUUCGUUAUUAUUCAGCGGUUUUUGUCCAAGACAAAAUUUAUUAUUGUGCUUGACUCAAAUCUUAUCUUCGUGACCUUGAGUUCCAAGGACCAUUAUAAAAGUUAAUGCCGCAGUCAAAAACUGUUAAUUGAAAAAGCAAUGAAAGAGAAUAUUGGAAUAAAUAAUGAUUAUUUUAUUCCGCAUUUUUUGUACGGUUUUUUUGAGUCACGUGCGAUAGUACGAUAAAAAAAGGUAUAAGUUUUAUCUAUUUUAUGUCAGCAAUAAAAAUUGCAGUAAUAAAAAUGUGAAAAACAUAUAUAAGACGAAAAUUCAACGAUCUAAAACAUAACUUUGGAAUGACCUAGACUAUGAAAACUUGAUUUGAUUUAGAUCAUCGAUUUCGCAUAUCUACUUAGUAUGUGCCGUACCAAAUAUAAAUUUCUGUAUCAAAGAAAAUAAAUAAAAAUAUUAGGAAGAGAA